AACACCUGAAACACCAAACUUAAUAGCAACUCAAAUAACAUUACUCAACCAACGCCAACUUAUAGACAUUCUAGAUACAGACAGAAACAACAGACUAUUGAAAAAUUCAUCAGAGUAGCAAAUGUCUUCCUUACCUUCCCGCCUUCUACCCAAAUGCAAGUUAAAUGUCAGAACAUCAAUGAGAGCGUGGGAAAAGAGCAGAGAACACUCUACACUCGUCGAACUGCUAGACAACCUACACACUCACGACGGCUGCGCCUGCUUUACGUCAGCGGACGACAUCGUUUCUCAACUGCAAACAAGAAACGAACGUUCUCCACCGGACAUGAAUUCCCAUUCGUCAUGGGUGGUGUUCAUUCAAGAUGCCGACUCAGCAACUCGCCUUGUCACCACCCCACUGGAAUGUUGCCGAGGUGUCUUCAUCUCCGCAGCAACCAUACAACAAACUGUCGUAGACAAAUUGUCAGCUCGCGUUCCCUGUUGUCGGUGCCACAGGCCCGUGCUCGCAGUCAAACAGACAUUUUGUUUCUCUGUUGAGAAUUUGAUUUCUGGCACGGAGAGAAAGCUCAUCUCUGUUGGACGACCGUCGAUUCUGUUCUCUAAGAUUUCUGUGCCGAUUGAUUGGCAGAAGUACAGGAUCCAGUCAGAGAGAUGCGAAGACGAGACGUCACUUGAUGAUGUCGUGGUGAUCCCCAGGCAACCGGAGCUACAAUUUCGACGUUUGCUGAGUGAUAGUGUUCUGUUUCUCGAUCUUGACACUAGAACCGAGAUCAGCGAUAUGUUACUCAUGUGCAUCGCUCAUCACACGCCUUUGAUUGUCAACAAGACGGUCAGCGCCGUCGAGUAUCUAGGAGAGAAAUACCCACUCUUCGUCGACGAUCAUGAUAAAAAACAAGUUGACAGUGUAGCUCUGCUGGAUGUUGACCUGCUAGCAAAAGCAUCAGACUACAUAGCAAACGUGGCACACAAGAGCCGAGAGAGAUUUCUAAGGGACAUACAGAAGAGUGCCAUCUAUAGAUCUCUACCUAUACCACUCUCUCAAAAAAGACAACAAAGGCAACUAAAAUAUUGGAAAGAGUACGACUUGACAAUUUUGAUCUGUACCUACACAAGAACGCAAAAUCUUCCUGAUAUACUCAACAGAUUAUGUCAGCAAGACUUCAAAGGAAGUUUUGAGGUCGUCAUCUGGAACAACAACGAGAGGACGCACGAGUUUGUUGAACGCGUCUAUGGUGAGUAUGCAGGCCAACUCGACCUCAAACUACAACUCAGUAGCGAAAACUACUAUUGCAUGCCGCGUCUAUCCGCAGCCAGCCUCAUGCAGAGCGACAUCCUGAUCACCUGUGACGACGACGUCCUACCAGAGCGGACGUACGUAUCGCAAUUCGUGGAGAAACACAAAGAAUAUGGCGGAGAGACGGUCCUCUGCUGCAGUGGACACUCUUUCGUCCCGCACAGACUCGACGACGAAAACCCCGAUCGUUUCUGGAGCAAACAAGAGCGCACACUCAAGACCUUCCACAAUACAACGAGUCCAGACUCAGAGGUUCAUUAUUUUCACGGUCAAAGCAGUUUGAUUCCUAAGCAUCUUCUCUUGCUAGUGACUGCCCACCAACUGCCCGAUCCCGGGUUUGCUCUGGUCGACGACUACUGGAUGUCAUUCGUUCUCUCGCACCGCCUACGAGUUCCUAUCUGGAAGAUCCGUGCCGAGUCUAUGAUCUCGUUCUCGGAGUCCGCAUUCGAUCCUCAGCAGGCUAUGUGCUACGAUCCGAUCGUUAGAGAGCAACGCAUCAACUUCUACGUCUAUCAUAUGCGACAAGGAUGGCCGUUUGAGAGCAAGAUGAUAGCGAGAUGGAGUGACAAAGAGGUGACGGACAAAUUGGCCCCUGGGAUAUCGUCGUCUGCAGGAUACGUAGUAAUAGAUCACUAUUCUCGUUAGUUGUUUAGUACGCAC